CGUCACUCCCUCGCGCUCGCUCGGCAGUGUUGUUGAGUGUGGUGAGUGUUGGUGAGUGAGUGUGGUGAGUGUGGUGAGUGUUGGUGAGCGUUGGUGAGUGUUGGUGAGUGAGUGUUUGUGAGUGUGGUGAUCGUGGUGAGCGUUGUAAGGGUGGGUGAGCGGUGUGUGUGUGUGUUGUGUGUGUGUGCUGUGUGAGUGUGCUGUGUGAGUGCUCUGUGUGUGUGUGGUGUGUGUGUUCGGUGUGUGUGUGCUGUGUGUGUGUUCUGUGUGUGUGUGCUGUGUGUGCUGUGUGUGUGUGUGGUGUGUGUGUGUGCUGUGUGUGUGGUGUGUGUGUGCUGUGUGUGUGUGUGCUAUACGCUGAACUUUUUUCGCACCGUACGUAGCCAAACGUGCUAAUCGGAGGUGCAGUGUUGAGUCUAUGGGUAGUGUUGAGUCUAUGGGUAGUGUUGAGUCUAUGGGUAGUGUUGAGUCUAUGGGUUAGUGUUGAGUCUAUGGGUUAGUGUUGAGUCUAUGGGGCAGUGUUGAGUCUAUGGGUAGUGUUGAGUCUAUGGGUAGUGUUGAGUCUAUGUGUAGUGUUGAGUCUAUGGGUUAGUGUUGAGUCUAUGGGGCAGUGUUGAGUCUAUGGGCAGUGUUGAGUCUAUGGGCAGUGUUGAGUCUAUGGGGCAGUGUUGAGUCUAUGGGGCAGUGUUGAGUCUAUGGGCAGUGUUGAGUCUAUGGGUAGUGUUGAGUCUAUGGGCAGUGUUGAGUCUAUGGGCAGUGUUGAGUCUAUGGGCAGUGUUGAGUCUAUGAGCAGUGUUGAGUCUAUGUGCAGUGUUGAGUCUAUGGGUUAGUGUUGAGUCUAUGGGUAGUGUUGAGUCUAUGGGCAGUGUUGAGUCUAUGGGCAGUGUUGAGUCUAUGAGCAGUGUUGAGUCUAUGUGCAGUGUUGAGUCUAUGGGUUAGUGUUGAGUCUAUGUGCAGUGUUGAGUCUACGGGUAGUGUUGAGUCUAUGGGGCAGUGUUGAGUCUAUGGGCAGUUUUGAGUCUAUGGGCAGUGUGUAUGCUGGACUUCUUUCGCACCGUACGUUAGUGAGUGAGUGAGUGGGCCGAGGGCUUAAUUGCCUACACGGCCGUCACCUCACCCAUGAAUCUCCCGCUCCGGCUUCUCAUCCUCCUCUUGUCCACCACCACCUCCUCCUCCAUCUCCUGCACAACCUCCACCACCUCCACCAACGCCUGCAACAUCACCUCGUCCACCAACGGUCGAGAAAUGAAGCCCUUGCCAAGGCCACAAAACGUGACCUUGACUGGACGGAAUUUCUUCUUCAAGCUCAAGUGGCAAGCUCCUGCCGACUGCGAGAACUGCACCUACGAGGCGCGGUGGCAACACUACGGCUCGAACUGUUGUAACACGGAGGACUGCAGUCCCGGUAACGUCGCCGGUGCAACAAGCUGCAACCUGUCCAUCUCCCAGGACAUGCUGGUGGACAAGAUCAUCGUUGAUGUGCGCACCACGUCCACCCAGCUCGACAGCUCUUCCGCGUGGGUGCAAAUACGUUGCCUGCCUAGGAACGUCGUCGAGCUAGAUGCUCCACGCGUGACCCUGUUCAAGGAGGGCGACAGUCUGCGUCUGGCCAUCACUCCUCCCGAGUUGAGGCACCUGGACGGGGAGAAUGUGGUCCUUGACACUUACAAGGCUGUCAUCACCGCCGCCGGGGAGCAAAACCACAACGAGGAAGUGGAAUUCCAAGGGAGCGAGUUUACGUUCCCCGUGAACGGCAGCAUAUUCUGGACGCUGAGCAAGCCGAGGCUGUGCGUGAGGGUGCAUGCGGUGGUCACCAUCGGGUCGUGGGAGAAGGAGACAGGGAGAUCCACGGAGGAGUGCGUGCAGUUCAGCCGGGAAGAGCUGAACACGCUUCUGCUGGUGCAGCUGCUGCUGCUGUUGAUCUUCAUUAUGCUGGUGACGGCCGUUGGCUACUACUUCACAAUGCAGUACUUACACGUCGCCAAUGACCGCCUGCCCUUCGUGCUGGCCGACCUCCUGCCGGACGAGGGCAGCGACAAACACCCGGCGCCGGAAUCCCACCACGGGCCCCCGGCGGCCCGGCCCUGCCACGAGCCCGACUCGCACCCCGUCUCCGUCGUGGCGGUCGUCGACUGCCCCCGCAGCGGCUACGACCGCGUCGCGAUCCGCGCCGUGGCCCACGACGGCUCGCCCUCCGAGGGGUUCCCUGCGCAGCGGCGUCGCCGCCCUCCUACUCCUCCGGCGGUAGCGACGGAAGGGCGGGAGAGAUGGUGGCAGGAGGAGGUGGACGACGAGGUGGACGAGGAGGAGAGACUCCCGGCGAGCCAGGCCCCGUCGUUGGACGAGGUCCCGCUCGGAGGCUUCGGCGCCGGCGCCACACUCGUCGCGGACGCCGAAGGGCACCGGCUGGCGGACGCCGCUUACUCGGGCGUCGCCAUGCCGCUGUUGGAGGUCGCGGGGGGUGGCGGCAGCAGCAGCAGCAGCGGCAACAGCGAGCGCCUCUACAGGGGGAGCGACGCGGACGCUGAUGACGACGACGACUGCCCCGGCGUCUCGCUCAUGAGCCGGCUGGCGGCGCCCGGCGACUACGGCAUCGACGCCGGGUGGCUGCUGGGGGAGGCGGCGGCGGGCGGCGAGUGGCAGCCCGUGGCGCUGCAGCUGAGCGACAUCUCGUCGCUCUUCGCUCCCGCGUGAAAGGCGGCGUGAAAGGCGGCGGGCGCGGCGGGGAAAACUGCUCGCCUGCGAUUUGUACUGGACGAGGAUGAUGGGGUGGGUGGUGGUUGGGGGGGGUAGGGGGGGGGAGAUUUGCACUUUUAGGGGGGCUCGCUUUGGCACCGCCCCCUCUUCUCGGCUGUUCUGCUGCUGCGGCCGAGUGAUGGGGCCCCCCUCCCGCCACCCCCCCGCCCCCUCCCUUUACCCCCCCGCCCCCCCCCCCACCUCGCCCACCAGUGGCAGCUGUCCCUACGCAGGCCUGGCCUGCUAAACGGUUAGAGGGCUUCGUUUGGCCGUCGUCCCCCGCAAGUCGGAUAACAACUGCCAGCAACGCGAGUGGGUCACACGAGGAAAAAUGGAUAGUAUCAUCGUCGUCGUCGUCAUCAUCGUCGUCGUCAUCGUCAUCAUCGUCGUCGUCGUCAUCGUCAUCAUCGUCGUCGUCAUUGUCAUCAUCGUCGUCGUCAUUGUCAUCAUCGUCGUCGUCAUUGUCAUCAUCGUCGUCAUCAUCGUCAUCGUCAUCAUCGUCAUCAUCAUCGUCAUCGUCAUCAUCGUCGUCGUCAUCAUCAUCGUCAGCCACGGUCAAUCCGCUGUUGGACGAAGGCAUCCCUACGUGACUUUACCGAGAAAAAAAACCUAAGAGUACAAAUCCUUUGCAGUCACGAAAGCUUCAAGUCUAAAAGUGUGAAGAGUUACGGUUGUUUUACCGCACCUCGCCCACGCCGGCCCCUUCGCGUUCCAGGCUGCGAGGGAAGCGUCGACGCCGGGAGCAUAGAAGCGCGCUGCGGCACAGUACAACGAUGUGAUUUUACCCCGCGCUACCCCCUCUUCCACGCAGGAGCCACUGGGCCACGACGACUCAAGUUGUGCAAGUGGCCGGGUCGCCUCUAUGCAGGCUCCUCAAGCCGCCCAUCAAGCAAGAGGUCGCAAACGGGUUUUGAUUCCUUACCCGUACCUGGCCGCACCAGGGUCGCAAACGGGUACCCGAUACCCGGCUACCCGUACCCGGCCGUACCCGUACCCUACCCGUACCCAGCCGCGGUACGGGUAGGGUACGGGUAUCGGGUACCCGAUUGCGACCUCUGGGAUGAAGCCACGUUGCAGGCGCGGGUGGGUUGAUUCUAGGAACUUGAAUUGUGAGAAGAGACAAGACGUUGGGAAAUGAGUGACAAUCACGGUGACUCACCAGUGACUCACGGCCUACCCGUACCCAUACUCGGCCGCACCAGGGUCGCAAACGGCUACCCGUACCCGGCCGGGUACAGGUAGCCGGGUAUCGGGUAGGGUACGGGUAUCGGGUACCCGGUUGCGACCUCUGCCCGUCAAGUUUCUGAGCCCUUGCCACGAACUCGGGGGGGGGGAGAUUGGGUCGGAGUUUGACACUUUAUUGACGCCGGUGAGAACUGGGAAGCGAUCAUCCCGGGACGAUGCCGUUGGCAACAAAUGUUUAUUUAUUGAGCGCCUUCGCCGCGGCGGCGGAGGCGGCGGCUGUGUUUUGCAUUUCGUACAAAUAAAGCACGGGCUACUUGGG